UAGUGAGUGCGUUCCCGAGUGUUGCCGCGAGAUCUGCAAGAAGUCUUCUGCUGCACUGUGUGCGGUUUUUUUUCUUCUUCCUUUAAUCCGUAUUCUAGAAAGUUCUUGACCUGACUUGACCGGGUUUUAACUUUAGUAAUUUUACAUUAUUUUUGAUUAUUUCGCUUCAGAGAACGUUAUUUUAGUUUCUGUGGAAAAAUGAGCAAGGCGAGUAGUUUCUGUGCCCCGCUGCUGCUGUUCCUGGUGUGGCGGGCGGGUCAGGUAGCGCAAGCCUGCAGCUGUUCUCCUAAACAUCCUCAACAGGCUUUCUGCCACUCCGAUGUCGUUCUCACAGCCAAAGUGGUCGGGCGGCAAGAAAUUGUCACAGGCAAUGACGUUUAUGGCAAUCCAAUCAAGAGGAUCAAGUAUGACAUUAAACAGAUGAAGAUGUUCAAGGGACCUGAGCGUGAGAUUGACGCCAUCUUCACUGGCCCUUCAUCUGCUGUGUGUGGUGUGACCCUGGACAUCAAUGACAAACAUGAAUACCUGAUCACAGGUAAACUGGAGUCUGAUGGCACAAUGCAUGUGACACUGUGUGACUUCAUCCAGUCAUGGGAGUCCCUGAGCAACGCUCAGAAAAAGGGCAUGGGCUCACGUUAUGAGAUGGGCUGUGGGUGCAGGAUUGUCCACUGUGCCUCUGUCCCCUGUUCGAUCAGCGAUCCUGCUGAGUGUCUAUGGACUGACUGGCUUAUGGAGAACGCUGUGCAGGGUCCCCAAGCUCGGCACUACACCUGCAUAAAGAGGAAUGAUGAUUCUUGUGCUUGGUAUCGUGGAGUCGUUGCACCAAAGAAGGAGUUCAUGGACAUUGAAGAUCCAUAAACCUGUAGUUUCCUGACUUUGCAGACCCAUUUUAGAAAAUGUUCCUAACACUGCUAUGGACCCUUUAAAUAAUCACUCCGUUGUUCAAUUGCAUUCUGUGCUUUAUAACAUGGUUCUGGUGAUAUGAUGAUGAUGUAAAUGAAUAUGGUUCAGACAAUGUUCUCUGUUUUAUUUUGUAAAGCACUUUGAGUCCCCUAUAGCACCUAGAUGCAACCAUGCUGUUUAGGGAAAAAUGUUUACUGCCUUUAUUACCACUGUUUUAGGUUUUGGUUGGAAUUUAGUUCACUAAAAGAUUAUGAAAAGAACUAGGAAACAAUUGUUUUAGAAUGCAUAAGUGAUUUAUCUACCCCACGCCUUGCUGAUGUUAUGGUCUCUCUGAAAUGCCAUUGUUCACAUAUCACGUAAAAAGAUUGAGUAACUUAUUAGAAAUAACCAAAGUGAUUAGACUUAUGUGUACAAUGUGGACUUACACAGUAAAAUAGAUGUAAAAUAAACUGAUUAUUAUGCACAAAAGGCAUCUUGUAAUAAUUUAUGUAUGUUGUAAUAUAUACAUGUUUCUAAUUUAUAUCUAAACCCCUUAGUUUUGGCGAUUCAUUAAUACGGCUUUUUAUUUGCAUUAGUUUUUUUUUUUUUUUUCUAUUUGUAAACGUUGGCGCACAGAUUAAGGAUUGUGCCGUUUUCUAUGUUCGAGUUUUCAGUAUAUAAAUGAUUGCAGUAUUCCAGUUAUUCAACAUGUGUGUAGGAACGGUCACAAAGCCUAAUUUAGUAAUUUUGUAUAUCAUGGUAUCCUUUUUUGUUUUUAUUUCCAUGAUUUUUUUGUCUUUGUUUUUUUAAUUCGCGAAUGUCCUUUUUUUAUAUUGUGCGGAGAAAAUAGGUAGUGUAAGAUUUCCGGUGCUGGAACCACUUGGGAAGACUAAGCGAGCUACCCUGUGCAUGCCUUUCAUACUCCUGUAUUAUUCAUCUUGGUGUAACAGUUCCAUAUCCAUGAAUAAAAGAAAAGAAAAAAGCACUGA